ACUCUGUGAAACAGGACGUCAAAAAAAAUACGCCUUUGACUUUGCAUUUGAUUGCGAUUUCUAAUUUUUGUUGGAGCCGAUUUUUAUGAUUUUAUUCAGUACAAUUAAGAGUUUUGCCAGUGAAUAUCUGUGAAAUCAAAAUGCCAAGUCGUUAGAAGCAAUGAUCGAGGCUGGAGGUCUGAAAUUUCAACAUUAGACUUGUUAAUUUGCUACAUAACUAAGGAUGGAGAGCAAUCUGAGCCGCAGCGGAAGCCGCUCGAGCUCCGUGUGUGAGCUGGAAAAAGACUUGAACGAUAUGGACAUACUGAAAACUAGGGCAAACCGACGUAGCGUAAUGCUGCGAACUCCGCCAGCCAGGAAGGCUAAGCGAGUGCGAUUCUUUAGAAAUGGGGAUAAAUUUUACUCAGGAGUCAUUAUUCCAGUUUUACCUGAGAGAUACAGGUCAUUUGACAGUCUAACUGCAGAUUUGACCAGGGUGCUAGUUGAUAAUGUCACACUCCCUAGUGGAGUCAGGGCAAUAUACUCUUUGGAAGGACGAAAAAUAGGAAAACUAGAUGACCUGGAAGAUGGUCAAUCAUACGUUUGUGGGGGAUUUGGGGAACCUUUCAAGCGCUUGGACUACGAGGCAAGUGCUGUGACACCACAAUCAUUCAGACUGAGCGGACCCGAGUCCCUGGACGCGGCCAGUCCGUCACCCGCCAGGGCCAACCACAGACUGUCCCGAUACUUACAGACAAAUGGUAGUGCGACUACUGGUAACGGGACGGCGCGCGUGAGCCCGGCGGGCGACAGCGCCGUGCGCCCGCGCAUCGUCACCAUCAUACGGAACGGCGUCAAGCCGAGGAAGGUGUGCCGACUGCUCCUAAACAAGCGCAACAGUCCAACCCUAGAACACGCUUUAGCAGCCAUCACAGACUGCGUGAAGCUAGACACGGGCUGCGUCCGCAAGGUGUUCACCCAAUCGGGGGCUCCUCUAACCUCUCUGCAGCAGUUCUUCGAAGACGAGGAUGUGUUCUUCGCGUACGGCAACGAGAGGGUCAACCAAGAGGACUUUGAGCUGGAGUUUGAGGAGAGCAAAGCGGUGCUGCAGUGCAGGAAGACGUCUAUUUCUAGGAAUUCCAGGGCGGGCCCGAAGCCGGUGAUGCCGGUGAAGGCGGGCGGGCGCGCGCCGGGCGGCGGCGAGGGCGCGGGCGACGCAGACGCGGCCGACGCCCCCCCGCUCCCCCACCCCUUCCGCCUCAAGUAUAGUGUCGGCAGGAUUAUUGGUGAUGGCAACUUCGCCGUGGUGCGGAUAUGUAAAGAGAAAACGACUGGCCAGGAGUUCGCACUCAAAGUGAUAGACAAAGCGAAGUGCAAGGGCAAGGAACAUUACGUAGAAGCAGAGGUCCGCGUGAUGAAGAAGCUGUGCCACCCGCGCAUCGUGUCGCUGAUCGAGGAGCAGGACAGCCCCGAGUGGCUGUUCCUCGUCAUGGAGCUCGUCAGCGGUGGCGAUUUGUUUGAUAGUAUCGCGGCCGCCUCCAAAUUCUCUGAGCCGCAGGCUCGAUUGCUAAUCGGUCAUCUAACAUCCGCCAUCGCAUACCUGCACUCGCUUUCUAUCGUGCAUCGCGACAUCAAACCUGAGAACCUGUUGGUGGAAGUAGGCGGCGACGGCAGCAUCCGCGGCCUAAAGCUGGCGGACUUCGGUCUGGCGGUGGAGGUGUGGCGGCCGCUGCACGCCGUGUGCGGGACGCCCACCUACGUGGCGCCCGAGAUCCUGCUCGAGACCGGAUACGGGCUUAAGAUCGACGUGUGGGCGGCAGGCGUGAUCCUCUACAUCCUGCUCUGCGGCUUCCCGCCCUUCUCUUCGCCCGACGGCGACCAGGAGAAGCUCUUCGACGCCAUCCUGUCUGCGCGGCUGGAGUUCCCCGCGCCGCACUGGGAGCGCGUGUCGGCGGGCGCCGUGGACCUGCUGGCCAACAUGCUGCGCCCGCAGCCCGAGCUCAGGUUCGCCGCUGAAGACGUGCUGGACCACGCGUGGAUGGCCGAUGAUUACGACGAGACUUGCGACUACCGCGCGUGGUACGACGACGACUCGUCAUAGCCGAGCCGGCGGCGGCCGAAGUCGGCCAACAAGAAUGCGUAGCAUUCGCAUUACCCGAGCCGCAAUGUACCAGCGGCCGACUGUACUGUACGCACGUGCUUAUAACUCUCAAUGGAUGCUUCCACUUCCUCUGUGCAAGCGAGAAAAAGACAGCCACCUUUCUCGCUCGCGCACGCUGCAUACAAGUUGAGUGAGCAAUUUUAUUACUGUACAAUAAAACCUUAAUCCAUCCCGAGCAUUGAAGUUGUAUCGUACCAGUAGAUAGAACAAUCGUAAAGAACGUUUAUUUAUUUAUAGACAUUCAAAAUGUCAUCAUCGUAAUCGUCAAAGUUCAUAUCAGAUUUUGGAAUUUAAAAUUCUGCUGUUCUAUUGUCCAAACCAAUUUGUAUAAAAUAUCAAUUAAAGCUUAUUUUAUCGUAUAUUUGGUUUUUUGAGCUUACUUGCAGCAAAAAAUAUGUACUUAUGGUAAAGUAUCCUGGAAAAAAAAAUCUCUUCAGCGAACCCAAAGUGGAUAUCGAGUUAGAAUAAACUGUCAAGUUUGCUCAUAAAACUAGUUGUAGAACAAAAUUAAAGCGAUGAAGAAAAAUCGUAGUGAAAUAAUAUUUAUAGCGUCGGUAGAAUGUUGCGUGGUACUGGUGGGGUUAUGACAGUGCCGUUGCGCACUACAGACAUUUAUAAAUACAUACAUUAAUUACUGUUGUACCGACAUCCGAUAUACUUCUACAACUUAGAAGUUAUCCUAAUUGUAAACACAGCAAUAUGAACGCCUUUGUGAAACAUAACACACACCAAAGUUAUUCGUAAUAUUAUGCCACUAAUCCUAAUGCUUUAGUAAUAUUUGUAAUGUUAAACAAUUUAAAUGGUGACUUUUUGAGUGCGUUUCUGUAUGUAGAAACACCAAUUUAGUUUCAAAUUUUGAUACCGAAAAUGUUUUUCAUGUUUUAUAUGAUGAGGGGGUUAGAGGAUGCGAUGUUUAUACGAUAUGUUACUUUGUUAUGGUGUGAAAGAAUCAUUGUAAGUGCAUACGAUGCUGUGCCCAUAGUGUAUGUGUCGCUAGUAAGUAUACGUAAAAGCCACUGACCUUAUAAACGCGAUUCAUCCUUAAACGAAAAAUUGGCUUGUUAUUGAAUAAGAUUUUUUUUUUUAAUCACCUAAAUUAAUGUUAUUUUCUAUCAUAAUAUUUAAGAGGCCCACAUUUUUUGUUUAUUUAAUGUUUCCAUCGAUUGGCCCAUGACGUAAUUUGAAGUCAGUGGCGUGAUCCCAUCAUGCUGUGUAAUAGUUAUGUCUAAGCAAAUUAUAAGUUUUCAAUCAUUAUAAAUCUUAGAAUAAAAAACACCGAACCACAUUCUUUGGUGCAUUUUUACAUUGGUAACAGAUCUCAGCAGAUUCGCUUUCUAACAUCAUCAGUAAUGAUAAUAUCGCUUUAGUGUCUAUUAGGUUAAAUGAAUUAAUAAUAUUUAUAAAACAGAUUUUAUUUUAUGUUAGUGUAAUAUACUUACUUAUAUGCAAUGAAUUAUUUAAAAAGCUGUAAAGCAUGAUUAACAGAAUCUUUAUUAUUUAUUACUCAAGAUAUUCGUAUUCUGUUUUCCAUGGCUUUUUCAGGUUAUGUAAUGUUUAUAUUUUCCACAUUCCUCUCGUAUCGAUAGCAGUAGUAGUCGGCAGGUGGCAAGUUUAGCAAGACUCAUCAUUCAAUAACAUUGAAAUUUUCAUACUG